AUGGGAAGAAAAUCCCUGUACCUUCUGAUCCUGGGGGUCCUUGUAGCAUAUUAUGUUUAUAUACCUCCGCCAAUUGAUUUUGAAGACCCAUGGAAAUUAAUAUGGCUUAAUGCAAAAAUGAAAACUAUAAUACAUUUGGCUAACUUCAUCGAACUGCUGGGACUUUACAAUUUUAUGGAUAUCAUCAAGAUUCUUUUGCAUGUAAAAGAAGUUCCACCAAUCUCAGAUGAAAAUAUCACUGUGACUGACACAACUUUCAACCACAUCCCCGUCCGUGUAUAUGUGCCGAAGAAGCAGUCUAAAGCACUAAGAAGAGGUAUCUUUUACAUCCAUGGUGGUGCCUGGACUUUCGAAAGUGCUGCUUCACAAAACAAUGACCUGUUUUCAAGAUGGACAGCGGACAGACUUGACGCUGUUGUCGUAUCACCCAACUAUAGAUUACUACCUAAGUAUCAUUUCCCAAUUCAAUUUGAAGAUGUAUAUAAUUCCUUAAAGUGGUUCUUACGCAAAGAAGUUCUUGCAAAAUAUGGCGUGAACCCCGAGAGAAUUGGCCUUGUUGGAAGUAGUUCAGGAGGGAAUUUAGCUGCAGCAGUAGUGCAAAAGAUCUUAGAUGAUCCAGAGAGCAAGUUCAAACCCAAGAUCCAGUCUUUAUUUUAUCCUGCCCUUCAGAUUCUUGAUAUGGAUACACCAUCAUAUCAAGAAAAUUCAAAUUUUCUACCGUUCAGACGACUCAUAGCCAGGCUCAGGAGCGAAUAUCUUUCAAUAGAUAGAUCACUUGAAAAAACUAUUUUUUCCAACCAAAUUGUACCUGUGGAAUCAAGUCAUUUACUUAAAUUUGUUAAUUGGAGUUCCUUACUCCCCAAGAGGUUUAUAAAAGGACAUGUUUAUAAUAAUCGAACUUAUGGUAGUUCUGAGCUAUUAAAAAAAUAUCCAGAUCUCUUGGACGUGAGAGUGUCUCCCUUGUUGGCUGAUGACAAGAAGUUGCGUAGUUUACCUCAGACCUACAUCGUCACAUGUCAACAUGACAUCUUUAGAGAUGAUGGACUCAUGUAUGUCACCCGACUUCAAAAUGCUGGAGUUUCAGUGACGCAUAACCACAUUGAGAAUGGAAUCCAUGGAUUACUUUCCUUAUCGGGACUCAAAAUUACUCACGAGAUGAAAAAUCAAUAUUUGAGUUGGCUAAGGGAAAAUCUAUAG